GAUGGCCAGUCUGGCGCGCGGGCAUUGUUAUGCCAUUGGCAUCUGGUCACAUUGCACUAGACCCGAAAUAUAUAUUUUAUUUAGCUUUUGCAAUCCUUAAAUUAACAAUUGAUCAACUAAAGUGUGCGCCACGGCCUUGCGGGCAGUGAGCACAGCACAGCACGGACCAGAACUGGACUCAAUGGCUGGAGGACGCGAAAUGCUCCGGUCGGAAGGCAGCAAGCAUCAGAACGCCAAAGUAGAGCAACUGCAGCUGUAACUGUAACUGUUAACCCUGGGCGGGGAGCGGGGGCGGGGUGGCAGUGGUGGUAGUGGACCAGGAAGAAGAAGAGCAAGGGUCCUGGGAAAGAGGAAGAGCACAUCUUGAGACCAGGAGGCAAACGAGCCAAUGGAGCCACCAGCUGCACCGGUACCCUUACAGCCACUGGCAGCAUCUUCCGCCUGCCUGGCAGACAGGAGUCCAGUGGAUCCCAUUGCAGUCAGGCUGCUGCAGCAGGAGGAGCAGGCAGAGGAAGAUGACGAGGAGGAGGAAGAGGAGGACGAUGAUGAUGAUCCCAAAGAUGAGGAGGCCUUCUACGAGGCGCGCAACGGCAACGAAAGUGACGAGCUGGAACAGGCCUUCCAGAGUGCCCUUACUCUGACCAACGAUGUCCAGGUGAGUGUCAGCGAAGUGGAGGAACAGGAACCGCCCUUGGCAUCGCGAAAUCAGGACGUGGCAGAGGAGGAGGAGCAGCAGCAGCAGCUGGGCGCCUGCGCACUGUCGCAGCCCAGUGAAGCCUCUCCGAAAGAAGAAAUGCCCUCAGGCUCAAAGGAGCCCAGGGAACCGCGCCACCACCAGACGCUGCUUUCCACCAAAUCCUGCGAGACGCCGGCCAACAAUGCCACGCUCUCGCCGACCAACUCCUACAAUGGCAGCAUUGGCAGUGACGGCGGCAGCAGUGUGGGCGGUGGCGCCCGUCGCAAGUCCUGGACCCUGUCGCCCCAAAGCGGUGGCUCCACGCCCCUGAGCGGAGCCAAGAAGAAGACCAAGGCGGGUGCGCCAACCACAACACUGUCCAAUGCUAAUGGAGACGGUUUUAAUCUGUGGGUAGCACGCGAAUGCUUCGAAACAGUGCCCGCUGAAAUGGUGGAUACUCUGAGCAUGGCUGAAGUGGACGAGGAGGUGGAUGAGGAGGAGGACGAGGAGGCGGCUGCCGUGGAGAGUCUUCUGGGAGCCGCUGCUGCCCUCCAGGCCAGUGCCCAUGUGCAGCGCCGUCAGCAGCAGCAGCAGAAGCAACAGCAGCAGCAUCACCAUCUUCGACAGCCCUCGCCACCACAGCAUCGUCCGCUGGAACGCUCUUGGCCGCCGCGUGCUGUUGGUCGGGAUCUGAAGCUUCAGGGCGAUGUCUUUCAGUUCGACAUCCUGGACACGGACGAGCGACUGGCCGAGGAGAUGGCUCAGGGCAGUGGAAGCUCGAACAAUUCACCCCUGGCCACGCCGCCUGUGCGCUUUAAGCCGCUGCUGAAGAAAAAGAUCGGACCCGAUAGCUACAUCAACACAAUUAGCACACAAAAGGUGCCGGUCCACCAGAGCUAUGAGUUCCCCACCUUCCCAAGUUCCUCGGCAGUUGGAUCGUCGUCUUCGUCGCCGAAUAGUCUGCAAUUUCCGUAUCUGCGCCAGCACCGUCCGCUCACCCGUGCCCUUUCCAAUGGCAAGGCCAGUUCAUCGGAGGAGCAAGCCUCGCCACGCCUUCUGCUCUCUCCAAAACGUCCGCGAAGUCCUCCUUCGGGCUGUUCCACGCGCAGUGCCUCUCCAUUGGAUAUCAGCCUGAGUCCAGAGCAGCACUCGCCCACCAGAGGCAGAGGAGUGGGUGGAGCUCUGCAGGAUGUGGUGCCGCCCGGAACUCCAACAUUCCAUGGUCAGCGACCGCAGCAGCGGCUGCUCAAACGUGUAGGCGGCGGAGCAGGAGCUGGUGUUACGGGAGGAGCAACCGGAUCGCCAUUGGUAUGUCCACCAACACCUACUCACCAUGCCCGGCGGCAUGCCCGCCUCCAAGCCGUCACUGCCAAUUCCAGCCUCGCCAGCGGAGGGGCGAUCCCCUCGGAUCCUCCAGCCGUCUCUAGUCAAUUGGAUUACAUCUAUCUGCAAGAUGGUGGCCAGGAGCAGGGUCAGGAGCAGCCAGACGAAGUUGUGCACAUAAGCAGCACCCGCCUGCCCUCCAUUCCAGAACGCAGUGCAGCCGCAGCAGCGGCGGCGGCAGCAGCAGCAGCUGGAGCCGCUCUCAUGGAACCCGGAUCGGGUACGGUAUCCGGGUCUAGUGGAGCUGGAGCCGCUGGAGAACCACCAUUGCCACCCGCUUGGGAGGCGCGUAUGGACAGCCACGGACGCAUCUUCUACAUCGAUCACACAACGCGAACAACCUCCUGGCAACGACCAGGAGCGGCGCCAAGUGGAGGACCAGCAGGCAGAGAACAACACCAUCGCCAGCAGCUGGAUAGGCGGUAUCAAAGCAUACGACGCACCAUUACCAAUGAGAGUAGAGCUGCGCAGCUUUACAACCUGCCAACCUCUGCGAAUAGUAAUGCCAAUUCCACAGCUCCAGUCCCUCCUCCGCCCGCCACGGCUAUACAUCCAGCCAUCCUGAUGCUCUGCCGCGCGGAUUUCUACUCUCUGCUGCACACCAACGAAGCUGCAUUGGCCAUCUACAAUCGCAAUGCCGCACUGAAGCACAUGGUCAUGCGCAUCCGACGCGAUCCGCAGUGCUUCCAGCGGUAUCAGUACAACAAGGAUCUGGUGGCGCUAGUUAAUACAUUCGCCCAGAUGAGCAGGGAACUGCCCUCGUGCUGGGAGACCAAGCUGGAUCAAUCGGGCAAGCAGUUCUUUAUUGACCACCAGCACCGUCGCACCUCGUUCAUGGAUCCUCGUCUGCCCGUGGAGUGUCCUCGUGUGGUGCGCCAUCGCCAACAGCAUCCGCAGCAACAGUCCGGUGUGGGCUACUACUAUCCGGAUCUGGUGGAUGGCAACUGCCUGUCCGCCACCAGUGGGCAUAUAAACGCCAGUCCAGCAUCUUCGGUGUCCGGUGUGCCGCCCUUGCCUCCGCCGAGGCCCUCAUCGUCGUCCUCUUCGUCCAGAAGUAACCAUGGACAUGGCCACAACUGCACCACAACGGCAGCCAUCUCCUGUGCCCUCAACGCCGAUCGUUCCGCGUAUGGUGCCGCUGGAAUGGCCGGCGGGGGCGCCACUGCAGCCGGGUACGAAGAUGUGCCCAUCGCCUACAACGAAAAGGUUAUUGCCUUCCUGCGCCAGCCGAACAUCCUGGAGAUCCUGCGAGAGCGCCAGGGCCAGCACACAAUGUCCCGCCAGCUGCGUGAGAAAAUCAAUAUACUGCGGGUGGAGGGUGUUCCCGCUCUCGAGAGAUUGGGCCAUGACCUACAACUGACCAUUUUGCUGAGCCUGUUCGAGCAGGAGAUCAUGGGCUUUGUUCCUAUUGAAGAGCGCAGUCCGCAGGGAUCGCCGGUCCUGAACUCCCGGAUGCCACAGCGUGCGCCGCCACCAUUUCGCAGGGAUUUCGAGGCCAAGCUGCGCAGUUUCUAUCGAAAACUAGAGUCCAAAGGCUACGGACAAGGACCACACAAGCUUAAACUACACAUUCGUCGCAGCCAUUUGCUGGAGGACGCCUUCCGCCGCAUCAUGUCCGCCAACAAGAAGGACCUGCAACGCGGCCGACUCGCCGUGCUCUGGGAUACGGAGGAGGGCCUGGACUACGGCGGACCCUCACGCGAGUUCUUCUUCCUACUCUCGCGCGAGCUGUUCAAUCCGUACUACGGACUGUUCGAGUACUCCGCCAACGAUACGUACACCGUGCAGGUGUCGCCGUUGUCGGCCUUCGUGGAUAACUGCCACGAUUGGUUCCGCUUUAGUGGACGAGUUCUGGGAUUGGCACUGGUACAUCAGUAUCUACUGGACGCUUUCUUCACGCGUCCCUUUUAUAAGGCGCUGCUGCGCCUGUCCGUGGCUCUCAGUGACUUGGAGUCGCUGGACAAUGAGUUCCAUCAGUCGCUCCAGUGGAUACGCGACAAUGACAUCGGCACGGGCGUGGAUCUUGGACUAACGUUCUGUGUCACAGAGGAACUGCUUGGCAGUGUGGUGGACAGGGAACUGAAGCCCGGUGGCAAGAAUAUCAUCAUCAACGAGAAGAACAAAAAGGAGUACUUGGAGCGCAUGAUCAAGUGGCGUCUGGAGCGCGGUGUUCAGGAGCAGACCGAGUCGCUGGUGCGCGGCUUUUACGAGGUGAUCGACUCGCGCCUCGUUUCCGUCUUUGAUGCUCGGGAGUUGGAACUGGUUAUUGCCGGCACUGCGGAAAUAGACACAAACGAUUGGCGCCUGAACACAGAGUAUCGUUCUGGCUACCACGAUAACCACCAGGUAAUCGUGUGGUUCUGGCAGGUUAUCGAGCGCUUCAGCAACGAGCAGCGCCUUCGUCUGCUUCAGUUUGUGACUGGCACCUCAAGCAUCCCGUACGAAGGAUUCUCGGCAUUGCGCGGAUCGACUGGCCCGAGGCGCUUCUGCAUCGAGAAGUGGGGCAAGCCAAAUGCACUGCCUCGUGCCCACACUUGCUUCAAUCGGCUGGAUCUGCCGCCCUAUCCAACACCCGAACUGCUGUACGAGAAGCUGCUGCUGGCCGUCGAGGAGACCAACACGUUCGGCAUUGAGUAGACACGUGAUAUGGAACCCACACACAAACACACACACUCAUACACAUACACAUACACAGAACACACCCCUAAACGCUUUAUUUCGAUUUUAGAAGUUUUUAUGACUUGCCUAAGUCUAGAAAUUCGAGAGCUGUGCAGAAAUCCUAGGGAUUUGGAAACCAAAAGUUGGUGUUUUUAAAAAAUAGCAAUGAAUUCUUUGUAAAUUAGGUUUAAAGUUACAGUCCACUUUUUUUUAAAUCUUAACCGUUAUUGAUUAUUUUAAUUUCCGAUGAUUAUUCUUAAAAAUAGCACUUGUUACGAAUACAUUUAGGUAAUAAAUCUUCGAAUUUGUUAGCUAUUUCUAGGCUCCUAAAUGCUAUUAAAAUCCACUGGGAUUUCUGCAAAACUCAUAAUUGUACUGUAGUUAUUUAUAUACGUAGGUUACCCGCCCCCCUUCCAAAAUGAACAAUUUUGUAAAGCCAAUACUUAAAAGCCUAGCCAUAGACUACUACUUGCUACUUUAGGCAUGGCAUCCCACUAGUUCGUAGACAAUUUGCCUUCGCCUUCGUUUGCCGUUCACUGAAUGGAAGUUACCUCAAGAGCAAAACGGCUUGCCAGCGCCGCCAGUCAUUAGUCCUAAGAUCUACACGCCCCCGGAUAACUUCUAAGCCUAAGUAUCCUUCGCUUGACUCUGCCUGAUUUACACACUCGAAACGAUGCCAACUGCCUCUAGAGAAAUUUACGACGCGUAAACGCUGCUCCAGAUCCAGUUAAGCAGUUCCCAAAGAAAGAGAGCAGAGCAACUCUACGCCAAUACUUAAUUAGCUUAUAAUGUUGUUUGAGCCUAAACUCGAAUUCAAACUCAAAUUUGAACACACAUUCUAAAUAAGCGCAUUGUGGAUGUCAGUUAUUAUAACAUAUAUAGAUAAAUAUAUAUAUGUAUGUAUAUAUAUUUAUAUUUACCCCUCUCCUUUUACCCAAAAACUAUGUAAAUUAUUUUUGAAUUUACAAACCCCUUAACAACCGGCCCAUGUGGAUGCUUUCGUGUGCAUCCCCGCCUGCCACUUGACCAACUGACUUGACUCUGGCCAGGACAGGCUGCACAUGGCAGCUGCGAUCGGGCUUAUAUAUACAAAACUUGGCUGCUGUUUUGCCAACGAUUACGAAUUGGUCCAGUGCGUUGCUUCGGCUUUAUUGGUUUUUUCGGCGCAUACAAUUAACGAUAAUAUGAAUUAUAUUUAACGAAAACACAAAAUUUCCAACAUAGCUAAUUAAUUGAAUACCAAAAGCAAAAACAAAUAAAAAAGAAAACAAAUUUUUAUGAUAAGUAUUUAUCGAAAGCAAGAACGAAACGAAAAUGUAACUAAAUGGUGAUUUGUUUACAUGUAUUUUUGGCAUUAGUUAAUACGGAAAGCGACGGAGAUGGAGAGAGACAGAGCUAAAGGCAGUGAAAGAGACAGAGAAAGAAAGAAAACGCUUUUUGAACUACUUAUUGAUAAAUGAAGAUUGUUUUAAUGAACUAUUAAUGUGCGUGUAUUUAUGAACAAAUUAAUUAUAAUUACAAAUAAAUAAAUGUGAGCCUUUUACUUCAAAAGCAAAA